UUUGAAUUGUUUGAUCUUUUUUUUGGCCAUGGAUGAAAAUACUGUUCAUAAGCCUCUUCUGUUGAGUCCAAGUGUGGAACCUGAAUCUGUUAAGCAGGCGUCUUUUGCCGCAUCACUGGCAAAACUGAUACUCAGAGUUGUAAUCUGGGUGAUUUUCAUCUUUUGGGUUGCUCUUACUUUUCUGUUUCCAGCAGAAUUCACCAGUAAAUUUGUCAGAAGAUUGUUAGAAGCAACUGGUGGAACUGUUUUCGGAAUUACAGGAAGCUUGUUCCUGGUGUUCUCUGCUCCGAUUCUCGCCAUUUCGUUUCUUUCAGCUGCGUAUCUCGUCAUCUCUGGGGAAGAGGAGUUCUCCAAGAAGAAGGCCUCACGUUUUCCAAGUUUCCGGUUGUGGACUUUCCCUGUCAUUGUGGAUGGACCUUUUGGGGUCGUUUCUGCUGCUGAGUUUAUCGGGAUUCUUCUGUUUGGUGUGUAUGUCAUCUGGGCUGUCUAUGCUUAUACCUUGCAGACUCUCCACUACGUCUCUAACUAUUCAAGCUUUAAAGAGCAAAGUUACAUCUUCUUGGCAAUUAUGGGACUUCGGUUUGGUUCAGUUGGGAUAUUUUGCUUGGCAUUUCUGUUCCUUCCAGUUGCAAGGGGAUCGGUUCUUCUCCGCCAUGUUGAUAUCCCUUUUGAACAUGCUACAAGAUAUCAUGUGUGGCUGGGACAUCUCACCAUGGUGUUAUUUACUAUCCACGGGCUACUAUAUGUAAUCGCGUGGGCAAUUGAAGGUCGCCUCUUAGAAAAGAUAGUGGAGUGGAAAGAUAUUGGUGUAGCCAACCUUCCAGGAGUUAUCAGUCUUAUAGCCGGUUUGCUGAUGUGGGUGACCUCACUCCCUCCAGUGAGAAAGCUGAAUUUUGAGUUGUUCUUUUACACUCAUCAGCUAUACAUUGUCUUCGUUUUCUUCUUGGCGUUGCACGUCGGCGAUUUCAUUUUCUGCUUUGCUGCUGGGGGAAUAUUUCUUUUCAUGCUUGACCGCUUUUUGAGGUUCUGCCAAUCGCGAAAAGUUGUGGAGAUAAUUUCAGCCAAGUGCCUCCCGUGCGGAACUGUGGAACUCGUCAUUUCAAAACCUGCAAAUCUGCGAUACAAUGCCCUCAGUUUUGUUUUUCUUCAAGUGCGGGAGUUAUCAUGGCUGCAGUGGCAUCCUUUCAGUGUUUCAUCUAGUCCUCUGGAUGGCAAAUAUCACAUGUCUCUUCUCAUAAAGGUUCUCGGAGAAUGGACAGCAAAGCUUCGAGACAAUAUCUUAAAUGUUGCUGGGGAAACACCAGAAGAAGAGCUUCCUUUAAGGCCUCGCACUAAAUUAACAGUUUCGGUUGAGGGGCCAUAUGGGCAUGAGUCACCAUACCACUUGAUGUAUGAAAACCUUGUUUUAGUUGCAGGUGGAAUCGGGAUUUCACCAUUCCUUGCUAUCUUGAGUGACAUUCUCCACCGUAUCAGGGAAGGGAAACCUUGUCUUCCAAGAAAUAUAUCGAUUAUUUGGGCAGUGAAAAAAACAACUGAGCUUCCUCUUCUGUCUACCGUUGAUAUGGAGUCAAUUUGCCCGUUUUACACCGACAAGUUAAAUCUUGAGACUCAUGUUUAUGUCACUCGGGAGUCGGAACCUCCACUGGAAGAGGGUAAUGUUCAAAGCGCUACGAACUGUCCUGCUUUCCCCGCGCCUAAAGGUUGUAGUAUGUCUGGUUUGGUUGGUACAGGAGAUAAGGUGUGGUCUGGAUUAUACAUUAUCUCAUCUACAUUAGGAUUAAUCAUCUUGAUGGCUUUGUUGGAAAUCUUUUAUAUAAACCCUUAUGGAAUAUCUAAAUGGUGGUACAAAGGACUUCUUCUGAUAGCUUGCAUGACUGUAAGUAUCCUUGUCUUUGGUGGUGCUGUGGUUGGUCUAUGGCAUCUGUGGGAAACAAGAGUUUCAGAAAGGGAAGGAUAUGAUGAUACGAUUGAGGUUGAUACGACAAAAUAUAAUGAAACUUUAACUCGGAAGGAUUCUCUUGGGGUUCCUACAAAUUCAACUCAUAUCAAGUAUGGCACAAGACCUGACUUCAGUGAAACGUUUGCAUACCUAUCAAAGCGUUGGGGCUGUGUCGAUGCCGGCGUUAUUGUAUGCGGUCCUCCAACUCUGCAGGCAAGCGUUGCUAAAGAAAUUAGGUCACACAAUAUGAGGAGAGAAAGAGAACAUCCAAUCUUCCACUUCAAUAGUCAUAGUUUUGAUCUGUAGCUGCAACUUGACUACGCCUCUUUAGCAAAUUCCCUUGAGACGUAACUAAAAAAGGUCCAGCUGAUGACAUUAAAGUUUGUAUGAAUGCAAAUAUGUGUACAUUUGUAUCUAUGAAUGCAUAAUGAUAUCAACCUAUGCAUUAUACAGAUGUUAUAUAUAUAUAUAUAUAUAUAUUUGUGAAUA